AUGAAUUUCCGUUCUUCUUCUUCCAAUGAUUUGAAUUACAUUCCCCAAGUAAGGGUUGAAAAAAUUCCAAAACUUGAUCAAGAAUUUGAAUCAAUUGAGGAAGCUCAUACCUUUUACAAUGACUAUGCUAGAGAGGCUGGUUUUAGUAUUCGAAUGUCAAGUUUUAAAAAAAAUAGAAGUCAUGAGAUAAUUAGAAGAGAAUAUGUUUGCCAUAAACAGGGGGUUCGAGAGUCGGUGGAAUUAAAUAUUGAGCGUAAUAGGAAACGUGGGAUAACUAGGGAAGGGUGUAAGGCUAAGAUGGCAGUUUUAAGGUCAUCUUCUAAAGAGAGUUUCAAAGUUUCUAUAUUUCAUGAGGCACAUAAUCAUGUGCUUACUACACCAAGGAAAGUUCAUUUACUAAGGUCUCACCGUGUCAUGUCUGCUGCCAAAAAAUCUUUGUCACAACAACUUUCUGCGGCAAAUGUGCCUAUUUGGCAACAGAUUGGUAUUUUGGAUUUAGAGGCAGGGGGUAUAGAGAAUAUUGGUUGCAUAGAAAAAGAUUUCUACAAUGCUCGUCGGGAUGAAAUGAAAAUGUAUGCUGGACAUGAUGGUCAGAUGUUAUAUGAGUAUUUUCAAUCUGAGAAGGAAAAGAAUCCAGAAUUCUAUUUUCAAAUUGAGAUGGACACAGAAAGGAAGAUCACUCAUUGCUUUUGGGCAGACAUGGAAUGCAGGAAGUCGUACCAUGCUUUUGGUGAUGUAGUUGUGUUUGAUACUACGUAUAAUACAAACCGUUAUGGUAUGAUUUUUGCACCAUUGGUUGGUGUAAAUCAUCAUGGACAAACGACCCUUUUUGCAUCUGCUUUCUUAAGUGAUGAAACAACCGAGUCUUUCUCAUGGUUGUUGCAGCAGUUGUUGUUAUCUAUGCCAAUUGGUCCUCCCAAAAUGAUUAUCACCGACCAAGAUCCUGCGAUGACCAAAGCUAUAGCUGAAUUAUUUCCAAACACUGUUCAUAGAUAUUGUAUGUGGCAUAUUUUGAUGAAAUUUUCAGAGAAGCUUGAUGCAGUGAAAAUGCGAGACCACUAUACACAGUUUCAACAAUGCAUUUGGAGAUCAGAGACUCCAGAAGAAUUUGAAACAGAGUGGGCUGAGUUAUUGGAGCAAAGUGGGUUGUCAUCAAACGAAUGGUUAAGAAACUUGUAUGAAAUUCGUUUCAAGUGGAUUCCUGCUUACGUUGAUAAUACUUUCUCUGCAGAUGGACGAAAUCUGCAAAAUGCAUUGCAUCAUCUUCUUUGGGAAGUUGUGUAGGUGAUGGCGAUGUUCACCAUAGUGUUGUUAUGCAACACAAUGAAUUGCGCAGGCUUGCUUCGAGUGUUGUUGAUGAAGGAUUGGUAAAUGCGGAGACAUAUAAAUUCGCAUCAGAAAUGUUGGAGUCCAUUCGUUACGAAUUAAAGACUAUGACACUAAGUGAUAGUGGACAAUCUUCUGCACCUAUUGAUGUAUCGAAACGAGUUUACAAUGAACCUGCAAAGGUUAGAGCAAAAGGUUGUGGAAAAAGGCUUAAGGGAGGUAAAGAGAUUGCUACAAAGAACAAGAGCAAGCGGCGUUGUAAUGGUUGCGGGUUAGAGGGGCAAGAACAUGACAAAAGGAAUUGUCCUUAUGCCAAUUCUACGUGAGUCUACUUGAGUUGUUGAUAUAUUUGAUGUUUUUGUUCAAUGGUGAAACGUUCAUAUAUUUAAU